AUGGAACGAGGAAGAGGGACUCUGAAGAUUCUGUUCCUGUUGACACUCUGUCUGCAAGACUUCACUGGUCAAUGCCAAGAUUCAGGGCAUCCCUCUGACCUGAGGAUAGUUCUGGUGGGAAAGACUGGAUCAGGGAAGAGUGCAACAGGAAACACCAUCCUGGGGAGAAAGGUAUUUGUAGAAGACCUCUCCCCUGAGUCUGUCACUGAUCACUGUAAGAAACAGAGUGGAGUGGUGGAUGGGAGGAAGAUUGAUGUCAUUGACACCCCAGGGCUCUAUGACACAACACUGUCUAAAGCAGAGAUGAAAGGUGAAAUAGAAAAGGCCAUCUAUGAGUCAGUCCCAGGACCUCAUGCCUUCCUGCUGGUGAUCAGACUGGGGAGGUUCACAGAGGAGGAGAAGAACACUGUGAAGUGGAUCCAGGAGAACUUUGGAGAAGAAGCCUCAAUGUACACCAUCAUUCUGUUCACCGGAGGAGACCAGCUGGAGGACAAAUCAGUGGAGGACUUUGUGAAGGAGAGUGAGGAGCUUACGAAACUCGUCAAGGUCUUUAACGGCAGAUAUCAUGUCUUCAAUAAUAAAAAGAAGAAUGACAACACUCAGGUCACAGAGCUGCUGGAGAAGAUAAAUAAGAUGGUGGUGAAGAAUGGAGGACAACACUACACCAAUGAGAUGUACCAGGAGGUCCAGAGGAAGAUUGAAGAGGAGGAGGAGAAGAAGAAACAGCAGGAGGAGGAGAAAAAGGAGGAGGAGAAUAAGGAGAUCAGGAAACAGGCAGUGGAGGAGGAGAGGAAGAGACAGGAGAAGAUUAAUAAGAAGAAGUCAAAGGUGCCACUGCCCUCUGACCUGAGGAUCAUUCUGGUGGGGAAGACUGGAGCAGGGAAGAGUGCAACAGGAAACACCAUCAUGGGGAGAGAGGUGUUUAAAGCAAAGGCCUCCCCCAAGUCUGUGACCAAACACUGUAAGGAAGGUGAAGCGUAUGUUCCAGGAACAAAACUAACAGUAAUUGAAACCCCAGGCCUCUUUGAUACAACACUGUCUGAACAGGAGAUGAAGAGGGAAAUAGAUGAGUGCAUUAAGAUGUCAGUCCCAGGACCCCAUGUGUUCCUGCUGGUGAUUAGGCUGGCUAGAUACACAAAUGAGGAGAGGAAGACUGUGAGCUGGAUCCAGGAGAACUUUGGAGCAGACGCUUCUCCCUUCACAAUCUUACUGUUCACUGGGCCCGAUCAACUGGACGGCAAACCAGUGAUGACAUUCCUGAGUGAGAAUGAUGAGCUUCAGAAACUCAUCCAGGUCUGUGAGAACAGGUUUCAUGUCUUUAACAAUAGAGAGAGUGGGAACCGCACUCAGGUCACAGAGCUGCUGGACAAGAUAGGGAUGAUGGUGGUGAAGAAUGGAGGACGUCACUACACCACAACCUGGUCUCAGAGAAAGACGUAUAAUACUGGGUGGUGCAGCGGUCAAAAGCCACUACAGCCUGGGGUUCGAUCACGACACGUUGGUGCGGCUGACAUCAGGGACAGCGAACAGUGUGAUAAGAAGUAG